GCGUAUUUGCAUGGAUUCUCACGCAAGCAAAAAAAAAGUGGAGCGACCUCCCCCCCUCCCCCGCUGUGUUUUAGACGGUUGUAGGGUGUCCUGGUCUAGGUGUGGGGUGGCUUCGUCUGCUUUACUGGGGGGAGGGGAGCGUUUCAUUUCGGGUCAGUUCUCGGGGUUUAAUGGUGUUUAGAGUUUAGUGGGUCUCUUUUCCUCAUGAGCAUGACGGCGCCUUUUGAUUAUUUGGUGGUUUUGUUUGGGGCAACUGCCGGGGCACAUGGGAAAAAGUUGGGAUCUGAUGAGAAGGAGUUGGUGCUUCUGUUGUGGCAAGUGGUGGAUUUGGUCAAUCAAGAGGCGGGGAAAGUGCACAAAGUAUUUAUAAAGCCGAAUAACUUGGAGCUCACAGAGCAGUGUACGGAGCACACUGACAUCACUGUGGAAGACCUGACCACGGCAGAAAGUCUGGAGCAAGUCCUUCAACAGUUCAAUCGAUCUGUGAGUACUGAGUCGAACAUUGGAGUGAGCACUUCCUUCUGCCUUUGUACAGAUAGCCAACUACUAAUCCGCCAAGUCUUCCACCCUGAGGCUUCCAACAAGAAUGUCGUGUUACCAGAGUGCUUCUAUUCCUUUUUCGAUCUACAAAAAGAAUUUAAGAAAUGCUGCCCAGAUGCUCCUGUUCUCCAGGAACUUGAUCUCAGUGUUAUGUCCAAACAUCUACAUCUUGAAAAUAGAUCAGACUCCUUCCAGUUUGGUGUCUCAGAUAUCAUGACUUCAAGUGACAUUAUAUUAACCAUUAUAGCUGAACCCCACAAUCACAGGUUUACCAAUCCAGAAAGAGUGAAUCACAAAUUCGAAACUGGCACUUGCAGCAAGAUGGAGAUCAUUGAUGAUAAUACAGUAAUCAGAGCGAGGGGGUUACCCUGGCAGUCAUCUGACCAAGAUAUUGCUCGAUUCUUCAGGGGUCUGAACAUAGCUAAGGGUGGUGCUGCAUUAUGCUUAAAUUCACAGGGAAGACGAAAUGGAGAAGCUCUUGUAAGAUUCAUUAAUGAUGAACACAGAGACCUGGCACUGCAAAGGCACAAGCAUCAUAUGGGAAACAGAUAUAUUGAGGUAUACAAGGCAACAGGGGAAGAUUUUCUGAAAAUUGCAGGAGGUACCUCGAAUGAAGUUGCACAGUUCUUAUCGAAAGAGAAUCAGGUUAUUAUUCGUAUGCGUGGCCUUCCAUUCACAGCCACAGCAGAAGAUGUCUUGACAUUUUUUGGAUCAAACUGCCCAGUAACAGGUGGAAAAGAGGGAAUCCUUUUCGUCAAGUAUCCUGAUGAGAGACCAACGGGUGAUGCUUUUGUGUUGUUUGCCUGUGAGGGGUAUGCCCAAAAUGCCCUCAAGAAACACAAGGAUAUGUUGGGCAAGCGGUACAUUGAACUGUUCAGGAGUACAGCAGCUGAAGUUCAACAGGUUCUUAACAGAUAUACAUCCACUCCUCUCAUACCCAUAGCUCCUGCUCCUAUUAUUCCUAUGAUACCCCAACCAUUUGUGCCAUCUACUAAUCUGCGUGACUGUAUUCGUUUGCGAGGCUUACCUUACGCUGCUACUAUUGAGGACAUUCUACAGUUCCUAGGUGAAUUUACUUCUGAUAUACGACCUCAUGGAGUGCACAUGGUGUUAAAUCAGCAGGGCCGUCCUUCAGGUGAUGCCUUUAUCCAAAUGAAAUCAUCAGAUCGAGCAUUCCUGACUUCUCAGAAGCGUCACAAAAGAACAAUGAAGGACAGAUAUGUUGAAGUAUUCCAGUGUUCAGCUGAGGAAAUGAACUUUGUGUUAAUGGGUGGCAUUUUAAAUCGAAAUGGCUUGUCCCCACCGCCAUGUAAGUUACCAUGCUUGUCACCAUCAACCUACAAUACAUUUCCAACACCGGCAACUAUUAUUUCGGCCGAAUCUGCAGCUCUCUAUCAGCAACCUGUGUUCAUCAGUCCCCGUGCUCUCCCACCUUCUACAGCAUUCUACCCAGCUGGUGCCCAGUUCUAUAUGAACUGUUCUGCAUUAUGUCCAAGUCCUCCUGGUUCCCCAACCAACAUUGGCUAUUUCCCAUCGCCGACUGCCACUUUGCCAACCCAGCAUGGCACCAUCGUCAGGAUGCAAGGACUAGCUUACAACACUGGAGUCAAGGAAAUCCUUAAUUUCUUCCAGGGCUAUCAGAUUCCCCCUGAGUCCGUGCUGAUCAUGUCCAACUUGUAUGGACAAUCUGGCGAUGCUUUUGUGAUAUUCCCAUCAUUGGAUGCUGCUAAGCAAGCUGUGGUAGAGAAGAACCACCAACACAUUGGCAGUCGCUAUGUGGAUCUUUAUUUGUUGUAAAAUCUGAUACUCAAUAUGAAAAUAUAGGUCAUAAGCAUGCAAAACUAGCAUUUAUAACAAAAAUCAAGAAUGAAGAUGUUUCUUAAGAUAAUUUUUUAUAACCACAAAAUUAAAACUGUGCCAUGUUCAUUCUAUGCUAGAGGAUAAGUGAAGCUGGACAUUGAAAGAAUUAACAAUAUCACCAAACAAUAAUUUUGUUUAGUUAGCAUAACCAAUAAGGCAAAGGCCUUUUAAAAUUAAAACUUUGAUGCCAUUGUGACACGUACAUACAGGGUUCUCCACUUCAAACAGUUUUGUUAUGGAUGAUGUAUAUAGUAAUGAUCCAAGCUGACCCUUACUAUUGUGCAAAAUAUAUUCGGCUCAUCCAUGCCAGAUAUUAUUGUAACCCUCAACCAGGCCAUUUCCAAGUGAUACAAUAAUACACUUGUGCAGAGCACUUCCUCACUAAUUAUUGCUGUAAUAUUCUGCAAGCUUUUGCAUGUUACUUAUUGUAGCUGUCUUAUGGGAGGUCUGCUUUGACCUAUUACACAGCAGUACAGGAAUCGUCCAUGCCAAUCAUUACCAUAGCUUGCUGGUAAAGAUCAGUAUACUUAAUGUAACACAUCUAUAUUGGGAAUUUCCAUAUCAUUAACAUAAGAAAUAGCUUGUUAGGAAUCACUAUGUUCUUGUUACAGUAAGACAUCUGAACAGCACUCAUCUAUACCAAAUAUAAAUAUAAUAGAUAUGUAUAGAAAACUUCUACUUUGAUAAAUGCUUUCACAUUUCUUUAGAAGCCUCCACAAUGUCUCUGUCUCACACCUGUACAAGGGCUCUUCCCUAUCACUUCCUAUUGUAACUUUUUUUUAUAUAAAAGACUCAUUUAUUAAAAUCAUUGCUGUAACAUAACAUAAAAGAUUCUUUGACUCUAAUAGUACACAUACAGGAUGAUCCCAGAAUAAGUGUUGGAAUGGGUGACAUUAUCAGACACUGCUUCAUCAUUAUUCUAAUCCAAAUACAAGCCUCAUAUCUGCCAAUGGUUACUCUGACAGCCCAAUUCCAUGCCAAUGUUUUUCUGCUGUUGGAAGUUUAUUUAUCCUGCUAUUUAACAUUUAAAAGAUUUAGUCUGUGAACUAUCAUUUUCUUUUCUAAGUAUCAUAAAUGUAUCUUUUAAGUUAAAUGAAAGUCACAAAUAUAAAUUUUAUAUGUAUGAAUAGUUUACAAACAUAGUUAGCUCUAUUAAAGCUGUGUGCCUCUUAAAAUAAUCAAUAUGAAGUAUUGACUAAAAUGUUCCAGUGUGCAUUUUGGAACUUUGGUAGCCAAAAUUAUACACUAACACGCACACUCUUCUGACUGGAAUUUUAUCCUAGUUACAUUCAAAUCUGAAUAUCAGUGUCAGUACAGACAAACAAAUGAAAUGGCCAAAGACAUAGAUAGUGUUAAAGCAUAAUUGUUUGAUAGUACAAAGCUUAAACAUUGCUAAGAAGAGACAUAAAGCCAAAAAAAAACCUUUGACCUUGUUCUCAUCAAGACGGGAAUGUGAGAAACCAAUUUUUGAAAGGGAACAUCAAUUUAUACAGCACAAGCAACAGUGCACAUAGGUGCUAUUUGGUUGGCAUGGAGAUGCAGUGGAUCAGUUAACUUAGUUUAGUUCACUGAUUAACCACAGAUUAGGCAGGUAGACUAUGAUUAGUCAGUUUCUGUAACAAUGCCACAAUUACAAAGAUGCAAUAUAGGCAUUAACUCCUUUUAUCUGCACAGAACAAGGUUCUGUGUGUGAAGGUAUCUACCUUCUAUUAAAUGCAAAUUAAACACACUGCAAGCUCAACUGAUAAUUUUAAAUCCAUGCUAACAGUGAUUCAGCCAAUUAGCACCCACAACUCAUAUUAUAUAAAUUAGUGCAAUUUUAGUGUGUCCUAGUCCUGAUGAGUGCUAUAUGGGAUGCUUUGCCUUGAUGUAUUUUUUUAGCAAAUGUUGCAAAAUGUAUAGGCAUGAUUAGAUUAUCAAUUACUAACUAAUAAAUAUUAUACAUAAAAUAUUGUCAAUCAAAUAUUACCAGAUAACUCUGAUAUAAAAUAUUAGAUAUUAGUGUCUAUGAACAGUAAAAUGCUGAAUAAAUAUUUUUAUGUGGCAAGAAUUAGCGCAAGGAGUGCAAUACUUGAGGACAAUUCUGCGAGUUACAAUAUGUGCAACCAGUAUCCUAAUGUUUGAUUCAAUGAAAUGUCAGAGGAAUGACUUUUUAAAGAAAUACUGUAAAUGCAUACAAUUAUAUAUUUCAGUACAUUUAUAUAUUAAAUUCAGUGUUAAAUAAAAUACUUCAAAUAUA